AUGUCAAUGCUUAUUGAGCAUUUUAUGCAAUUUAAUGCUUUCGAUACGAAGCGGCAAAUUUCGAGGUAUAAACGCUCUGAAGUAAAGAUCAGUGAAACCUCAAAAACCACAGAAACGGUUAUCGAAUCUCCAGAAGCGGGAAAGGUUGGCGAAUCAGAUACUAGAAAAAAGAUUACCAAAUCGGUAGAAUCUGAAAUCGCAGACACCAAUACACCAGUAAGCACGGGAAACCAAAAUUUCGACAAAAAACCGGUAACUAACAGAAAAAAUCGACCACCAAAACCUCAUCCGAAACAACAAAACCAGAAGAACACCUGGGUGAAUCGGGUAACUACAGAAGGGGUUACCGAAUUAAUGGAAUCUGAAAUUGUGGUGACUAAUGUUGCACCAGAAACCACCGAGAAGAUCAGCGGAUCGCUAGAUUUUGUAAUUCCCAGCAAUGGAACCGGUCAAACGAACAUUACAGAAGGUAUUCCUUCUGUACCAAAAGAAUUCAUUGGAGAUGAUGGUGACGUUGGACCACCAGGAUCACCUGGGCCACGCGGUCCUCAGGGUCCUCGAGGUGAUCCUGGGCUACGUGGAAAACAAGGGCCUAGAGGUGAUCCCGGUCCUCCUGGUGAUCACUCUAUACCACUAUCAUAUGGUGUAUUCACAAUGGUGGUAUCACUUUUACUUAUUAUUCAUCUCGGGUCAAUUUCAUUCGUUUGA